GUGUCGCUCAUCCUCAACCGCCUCAAGAGCCAGGGCCUCUUCGACCAGUUCCGCCGCGACUGCCUGGCCGACGUGGACACCAAGCCGGCUUAUCAGAACUUACGGCAGCGGGUCGACAACUUUGUUUCUAACCACCUAGCAACUCACACGUGGAGUCCUCACCUGAACAAAAACCAGCUGCGGAAUAACAUCAGGCAACAGGUUCUCAAAUCUGGAAUGUUAGAAUCUGGGAUUGACAGAAUCAUUUCUCAAGUUGUGGAUCCAAAGAUCAAUCACAUAUUCAGACCACAGGUGGAAAAAGCUGUCCAUGAGUUCUUAGCCACGUUAAAUCAUAAAGAGGAAACCAAUCCCAGCACAGCACAACCUGAGGAGAAACCAGAUGUCUCUCUUACCAUGCAAGGUAUAUCUGUCGCCACUCCUAGUGCUGGUGUGGCUAGUGAUGCCAUGUCCAUUUUGGAAACCAUAACUUCUCUCAACCAAGAGGCCAGUGCCGCCAGGGCUUCCACAGAGGUGAUGAAUUCCAGGGCUACUGACAGAACUUCAAGAAAACUCUCAUCUCAGCAGAGUGUCGAUGGUGGGAUUGAGCGAGAUCGAAAUGCUGAUGAUAUGCUGGAUGGGGAGAAACCAUGUAACUCGGCCGAAGAAAGUGCAGAAAUGGUAACGAACGGGGAAGAGGUAAAUACCUUCUCUUCAAGUGAAGAAAGAAAAACUGUGCCAAAAGAAGCUCCUGGUUUGAUCAACCCAAGCAAGGAUGUUGUGCAGGAAGGAGACGAGCAGAAAAGCCGGCUGGCAGAUAGGAAGCCGGAGAGCUCAGAGAAAGGAGAGAGGAAGAAAGAGAAAAAGGAAAAACUGGACAAGAAGUUGGACCACUUGAAAAAGAAUGACGACAUUCUGAAAGUGCGAGAAGAAAAGAUGGUGAAAGAGAGAGAGACAGAAUUGAUCAAACAUGCAGCUGGGGACAAAAACAGCAGUAAACACAAAGCAAGUGAGAGCACAAAAGACAUUUUGGAGGAUUCUGAUACGGAGAUACUCAGUGAUAUCACAGUUAGUUCUGUGCACACCAGUGACCUUUCUUCCUUUGAAGAAGAAAGCGAAGAGGAACUUGUGCUUUCAGACAGCACGGAAGAAGGAGAGAUUGUUUCUGAUGAUGAAGAAGAGGAACACAGCAAUAUUAAAACAAAACCAGAGGCUGGCGAGUCCAGUGAUAAAAAACCAAAAUCUGGCCGACAUGCUUAUGUACACAAGCCUUACCUUUAUUCCAAAUACUACAGUGAUUCUGACGAUGAACGAACUGUAGAGCAACGCCGCCAAUCUGUUGCUAAAGAAAAAGAAGAGAGACUUCUAAGGAGACGGCUUAACAGAGAAAAACUUGAAGAAAAGCGGAAGCAGAAAGCUGCAGAGAAAACAAAAACCUUGAGAACAGGCAAUCAAGGCAAAAGCAGUCAAAAUGUGGAAGAGGCUUCCAGUAAAGUCCUUGAUUCAAAAGCCAGCUGUGCCAGCAUUAAAGAUGUGCUGAAAGAACAGAGGUUUUUAGAAAAAAAGGUGGCAUUAAGCAGGAAAAGAAGGAGGGAGUCAAGACAUAAUGACGAAGGUGGGAAGAAGAAAUAUGAACAGCCAGAGGAAGAUCUCAAAGAACCCCAAAAGACAAAUGAAAGUGGUGAAAAGCUGUCUUCAAAGGAAGUGAAAGCGAAUCAAGGCAAAACUGAAAUGAAUAAACUUGUUAGAAGACUUUCAGAGUUGGUUCACUCAACUGAAGAGAGCAGAAAUGAUUCCAAAGUAGAAAGAGAACACAAAAGGAAAACUUCUGCCUGUCUCCAACUGGAUGCAACCCAGCAUGAUCCAGAAGUCAAGGACCCAAAGGCUCACAGUGACAGGUCAGAGGCCAACCCAGAAGAACUUCAAAAGCAGAAAAACGUACUUAAAAAUGAAAAACAUAUUAAAAAGGAAGAUUCGGAACCCCAGAAUUUCAAAAGCACACUCAAGAAAGAUGCUAGGUCAUCAAAAGAGAAAAAUGAAAAAGAAAGAACUCUUUCUGAAGAUAAACCAAUUACAAAGCAUAAAUAUAAAGGAGAUGCUGUUCAUAGAACAGGUGACGAGGUAGAAAAUCUGUCAUCUGAGAAAGGUCUCAAAGCUGAGGAGAGCAUUCAAAAACAUAAUCAGUUAACAAAAACUCUCUCGGGUGAAAGGAAGAAUAAGCACAGAAGCGAAAGGAAAGCAUCAGCAACCAACAAAGAAGUAAAAAAUGCUUCUGAGCCUGUUUCUAAAAAUGAGGAAAGUUCACGUAAAGAGAAUAACAGGAAAUACAAGCAUAUUUCUACAGAAAAAUCAAGGGCAGAACAUAAGAGCAAAAAGUCAUCAAGUGAUUCUAGGCCACAGAAGGAGUCUCAGAGUACUACAUCAAAGCCACACAGUUCUACAACACCAAAGAGAAGUGAAAGUUAUUUAGAUGAUAAGGAUCGACAUGAUGCAGAAUCUGUUAACCUGGACAGUGCUUCAAGACAGGGUGACGGUAUUCACAAAGACAGGCGAAAAUCAAAAAGUAUCUUAGAAGGAAGGCUCUUGAUAAAGUCCAAAUCCAAGAGUCAUAGCAAACAAGGCAAAGGACCGGAAAAUGAAUUGCAAGAAAGUUGUUCCAAGCAGGAAUCUGGGCAGAAAUUGGAAAAAGAAAAGAAUGCAGAAGAAAGUGAUCUAGAUAGGCAUUUGAAAUCCAAAAGUGAAAGUAGAAUUUUGGAAGACAGUUCUGUGGAGUUGGAGCCUGAAAGUGGAGCGCACGUCUUGAGUAGUUCACAAAAAGAUUCUGGUCACAGGGUUAAGCCACAGUUGACAGAAAAAUCAUCUACAAAAGAGAAAACUAAAAGUGAUAAGGAUUUCAGCAGUUCCAGGCUGGAGAGGAAAUUGUCGGCGGAAGGUCACAAAACCAAAAGUUUGAAGCACAGUAGUAAGGAAAUGAGGAAGAGAGAGGAAGAGAGCAAGCUGGAAGACAAAGGUGUUAAACAAGUGGAUAGUCAUGCCAGGAUGCAAGAGAACAACCAGUUUACAGAUAAAAAAGCUAGUAAAAGAUUAGCAGGGGAAAACAGAAAAGGAAGUUUGUCUUCCCAAAACAUGGAUAUGGGAGAAGAAAUAAUAUCAGGUGUAGGUGGCUCUUUCCCAGCUUCUCAGAACAUAGUCUGGACUAGUAGUCACACACAUUCUGAGCAGGACCAAGAGCCAAUGGAGAUUGAAUUGGAACAAAUGCUUAAUGAACCAUCUCAUCAGACAUCUCAAGCAGAAGAAAAAAACAGUAAUAAUUCACAGGAGACUAAAUUUAAAAAUGCAGCCAAAGACCAAACUCCUCAUAAUUCAGUGGAUGAGUAUAAUAAAUCAGGUCAUUCCAAAGAAAGAACAUCAGAACCUUCCCUUUCAAGUCCCAUUAACUCCAAGCAAAAGGAUGAAAAUCCUCCCGAAAAGGAAGAAGAUGGACCGAGAGAUAUAAAUGUUCACGCUUUGAAGAAUGUGGAACCUACUGAGUGGAAGGCAUCUCAUGUGAUUGCUUGGUGUAAGACAAGUGACCAGGUCUCACUUACUUCUCACAAGGACAAUGAGAAGUUAGAAUCCCAAGGGGUGUCUGAGGGCACUCCAGCACUAAACACAAUUAAAAAUGUAAUUGAUCCACGCCAAGAAAGCACUUCUCCAACAAAGAGCUCCUCAAGAGAAGAGGGUAACAAUCUUGCAGAAAUCACAAACCCCUUGAUUAGUGUAUCUGUGGAGGAAUCUUUUACUUUGGGUACACCUUGUAUUAAAGAUGCCAUUUCUGACAGUAAAAGAGAAGAUAAUGUUAAAAUGGAACAACCUGAUACCCUUGCACUUGGCAGUAAUAUGAAAGGAGGUGCAAUAAAUGACAUAACCAUUGGAAGCAAAGGUGAAGCUGCUUAUUUAAGUGGUGAACAAGCGGCAGAAGAUAAUACAGACAUUCAGGAGAGCAUUGUACAAGGAAGUGCAAGAAGUGUAUUAACUGGUGUGACACAGAAUAACAGUCUGAAUGACCUGGGGAUGGUUGGAGGAUGUGUCCAUACAGGGGAAUCUGAGUCUGCCAUCUUGGAGAAAGUAGAAAGAGACAGUCCAGGUGAAGGUUCUUCCGCAAGAGAAGACCAGCAUGCAACUGUAUGCAAAGACAAAACAAAAGAAGAUCACAGUGCCAGUGUUGUAACAGAAUCUUCUUCAGGAUCAACACCCAAGGACAUUUCAGAAGAAGGAGGCAGUGCCAAUGCAAAAAGAGUCACUGAAGAUAAAAAUGAAACCAGUGUCGUAGGCAGUAGUGUAGGAGGCAACACUUCUGGUAUUUGCCACAGCAUGGAGACUUCUGAUGCAACCAUUAUAGGAACUAGCACAGAGAGAAGUCCUGGAAGCCUGGCAAGAGCUACGAGUACAGGAGAAAGCCGAGGCGAAGGGAGCUCAUCUGUAAAUUUGCAAAGGGAAGGUGAUGCCAUUAUUUCUUGCUCUGAAGAGAAAGGGAAGGCUACUUUGAUCUGUACAAGCAUAGAAGCAGAUGAAGGUUUCCAUGUGGGCACCUGGGCCCAAAACGAACAAGGGCCCCAUUUUGUGAGUGGAAAGGACUACAGUGAAUGCACGGUCACUGCUGCCGAAGAAAGCGGCGUUGGUGUUACUGAAGGGCUUGCAGCAUGUGAAAGUUCCUUGACCAGUACAAAGGAGGAAGACGGUGAUGAAUGUGCUGCAAAUUACAUAGAAGAAAGCGGUAAACAGCUAAGCAACAAAAGCAGCGUAGAACUAGAGCAAAAUCUGGAUAACAUUGAGACAGAAGAGAAAGAUGAUGCUGUGACCAGUGCAGGCCCUGAAGGAAGGCGUAUGGCUUCCACUUCUCAUGGUACAAGCCACUUUGACACUGCCACUACUGGCAUUAAUGAGGUGGAAGGUGACGGGGCUGUCACCAGUGCAGGCACCGCAGAUCGGGAUGGCUCUCUGCAGGGUGAAAAUCCAGAUGAAUUUCAAACAAAUGCAAGCGGGGCAGGGCAAGUCAAAGCAGCUGAAGGUGCUGUGACCUGUACAGGGACAGCAAGAGGAAGCGUGGGCUUUGCCAUCUGUUCAGUCACUGGUACCGACUCCCAAGAAGACAGUGCUGUGACUGGAGCCUGUGCCAGAUUGGAGGCCAGUAAUACCGUGACUGGAACACAGGCUGACAAGAGUGAAGACAUUGUGUACGGCGAAAGUGCCGUCACCAGCACAGGCAUAACAGCAGAAGAUGGCCGUGAAGCUGCAGCUGCUUGUACUGGCUUGGAGGACAGCAAUGAAGGUUUUUCAGUUUCUUUAGGUGCUCAAGAAAAUUAUGAGCGUGCUACAGAGAGUACAGAAGCCACAGCUGAAACAAACACCACUGAGGUUAGCCGAGGUUCCUGUGACGAUGAAGGUUUUGUGACCAGCACCGGUGCCAAGGAGGAUGACGAAGAGGGUGAAGACUUUGUGACCAGCACAGGAAGAGGCAAUGAAGAAAUUGAUCAUGCCUCAGCCUGCAUGGGAACCGAAGACGUGGAAAGGACAGCACUUGGUGUUGAAGCUGCAGAAAGUGGAAGUUCCUCCAUCUGCCAAGCUACAGGCCGGCUUGGAACGGAGUUGGGGGGGCUGACCGCACAUGCAGGGAAAGGUCCUGUUGACAGCAUGACCCACUUAGGGGAAGACACCCUAAAGAGUGGCCGUGCCAACUGCAGCAUCAAGGGAAUUGUUGAAAGUAGCACCACUAGUGUCAGUUUAGGCAAAGAAAAUGUUAUGGCCUUCAUCGCAGAAAAAGAGGAAGAGUCUGCAAGUACAGAGAAAUAUGAAUUUGGUGCAAUCUCAGAUCAAAGUGCAAGCCAGCCUUCUGCUGUGGAAGAGAAGGAUGAGAAUGCCACCUCUCACUUAGACAAUAGGACAUGCGAAGGCCUGAUCUUAAGAAUGGAAGAGGCCAUUCCUUCAGCUUCUGGAGACGAUGGAGAUGAAGUGGAGACCAUUUCUACAAGUGUGGUCAAAGUAUGUCUUUCACCUCCUCAUUGUUCUUCCAAGCACGUGGAACAAACCUGUGCUGAAAACUAUGAUAAGACCACAAAUUUAAGUGGAGAAGAAUUUGAGGCCCCUAUGCCUAGCACGGCCAUUGACUCCUGUAUGAGUCAAGAUGAAGCUGUUACACCAAAUAAGGUUUCCACAAGUGUGUUGGAAGAAUUUGAAGCCCCUAUGCCUAGCGCAACUACGGAGGAUGGUGAGUCUCAGUUUGCUACUAGAAGAGCAGUAGAAAUGACCUCAGCCAUUGUGGAAAUGUGUGCCAUUCCCAUGCCCAGUGCAUCCAGCAGAGAAGCUAACAAAAGCCAAGCAGCAGACCAGAGCCAGGAGGAAAGAGAUGAGUGCACUGUGAUUUCCACAAGCAUUACCGAAGAGCUAGAGGUUCCUCUUUCACACGCAGAUUUGAUUCCACCCUUUGCUCAUGCAGCCGUGAUCUCAACAAGCUCUGCAGAACAACAUUUGGAUACUUCUGUAUCUCCUGCAACCACACAAGAAUUGAAUCCAGUUUCUGAAACAAGAACAGAAGGAAAAUUGGAGUCUUUCACUAUUUCUACCAGUACGACCGAAGGGGUGUUGAUGCCUGCAGAAAUAGAAGAGAAGGGUGAUGGUACCAUAUUCUGUCCAGAUGCAGCAGAGGAAGACAAAGCUAUUCAGCCCGGUGAUACUACAGGCCAAGAGUUUGGACUGGCUGUUCAAAGUACAUUAAAAAGUAUCCAAGGUGCUGCAGUUUUUGUUGAAGAGGAAACAAAUUGUGAUACCCCUAGACAAAAUGUUGCCAGCAUCAAACCUCAUGUGCAGUCAGUUGCCUUGAAUGUAGCGAAUCCAGAGGUCAUAGCAACAGUCACCACUAGGAUGGUGGAAGAAUGUGAUAGUGUCUCCAACAUUCUUGCCUUAGAGGACACUCCAUUUGCUUUUGGAAGCACUGAAGUAGAUGACGAAAGGAAUGUUGUGUGUGCCGAAGAAGGUGACCAUUCCAUAUCUUCAGCCCCAGAAGAAAGCAAGGACAUUUCAGUUGUGGUUUGUGAAGAACAUCAGAGUUUCUCUCAGGAGGAACCUGAGAUUGCUUUGACGGGAGAAUCAGUGGCAUCUGAGACCACAGAGGACACCAAAAAACCUGAAACAGCUGCAAAUACAGGGACAUCCACUAGUGUAGGUGAAAACCUCUGUACAACAGUAUGUUUGGAGUCCUCUGCUAGUGGGGUGCCGUCUGCUGAAAUCGCCAUGCUUGUCCAAGAAGAUGUGCUACAUAAUGAAGUCACUUCAAGCCCUUCUGAUAUCCAGUUGGAACAAGAAAGAGAAGGUAAAAAAUUAGUAAUAGACAAUAUUAACCAUACCCCAGUAUUAAAAACUGACCUUUCUGGGAAAAGGGACCUCCCCGAGGGGGAAUAUUUGACAGCAUUACUCAUUGAAUCUGAGAACAGAGCACUUGCUGGAGAAACAGAUCUGUGCACACAACGUAAUUUGGCCGAUGUUGAAGCCAAAGUGGAUGAUUGCCAUGAGCCAGAAGCAGCUUUUCAAGACGGUGCAGGACAUCGUUCCGACAAUGAAGAAAUUUUUCCCAUCGUAUCCGAAGAGAUGGAACUGCCGUCUGACUUGAUGGCUGGAGAGGAGUGUCAAUGCAAGAGCCCGAUAAAAGAAAAUAAGCAGGAAGUGAGCCCACCAGAAGAGCUUCACAAAGCCCUUGAAGCUUUGGAGACCACCAGCGUAACUGAAGCAACGGAAGUCCCAUCUCCUGAAGAAAAGUCGCUUGAGUUGCAGGUAGAAAUACCUGAUCAGGAGGAAGAAACGCGAGACUGCCCUCCAGCUACGGGACAGGGCGACUCAGACAGCGGCCCGGUGGUGUCUCAGAUUCGGGGAGAGGAUGCUGAAGAGGGCCAGGGUCUCGAAGUCAAAGGAGAAGCCCAGGAAGCUGCUGCCAGAGAUUCAGGAAAGGUGCCUGAAGGUGGUGUGGAGAUUCAAGAACCAUCAUCGGUGGCUGUAGAAGAAAAAGAUAAUGCUGCUGGCAAAAUGGAGGUUUGUGGAAAACCAGAUCUGGAGUCCAAUUUAAAUCCUGUUGAGGUGAACCCACAAGUACCAGUUAAACGGAAAAGAGGAAGGCCUCGUAAAUAUCCACUGCCAGGUCAAGAUCCAAAAGCUGACCCAAGAACUGGGAAUCAGUCUUCAAGUCCUAAGAAUAAAGAGAAGACUCCUCCUAAAGUUGAAAGCACACCGCGUGGGGACAAAAAAGGCCACGAAGCUGACGAAGGGGAGGUGGAGGUGGUGGUGGUGCGUCGAAGAGGAAGGAAGCCCAAACGGCCUCUUAUUCCAUCCCUGGAAACGGGAACAGACACACCUGAGCCCGACAGAAAGCGUCAGAGGCUCGCACCUGCUGUGGAAGAGGAAAGAAAAGAGCAGGAGGAAGGCAAAGAGAGUGGCCCUCAGGCAAGAGCAGACAGUGGGGACGACGGCAGUGGCAGUGGCGGUGGGAGCGAGGAGAUGCACGCGGGAGCCACAACGAGGGCAGCCUCCAGGCUGGAAGCUCAAAGACAGCAGCCCAGCAAACCAACAACCCGUGCAGCAUCUAAAAACCAAAGCCCCGGUCCACUUUCUCCUACAAAUCACCAGACAUUUGGAGGGAAAAAGCGGCUCACCCAGGCAAAAUCAAAUAAGACUUCUCUCUUGGCUCUUUCAAAGUUGCAGCCUACCAAGCGUAAGAGGGAAGACAGUCCCUCAGCAUCACAGAAGAAGGGUCACCGGAGAACGGAGGAGAUGGCAGUCAAAAAGGCUAAGCAGUAGACAUCCUCACACCGAACGCAAACAGGAAAAGAAAGCAAGAAAAGGCCUUUUCUGUUUCUGUUUAAAACAAACCACACACCAAAAGCCAAGAGGUUUUGCAUGUGCUUAUUUUCCCAAUGUGACAUAAUCAAUGCAGAACCCUUAUGUCAUGUAUUUUAAACAGCUUUCUAAACUCUUUGUUUAUGCAUAAGAGUAUCUGCUCUGCAGACGUUUCCUUUGUAUCUCAAGUGGAGAGUGUGAACAGCGACUUGCCAAUGCUUCCAAUCCACUCAUCACCAGUGGCCUCUUAAUUGACACCUUUUGUACAUAAGCCAUGUAUAAAAAAAGUUGUAUUUUACACUUUAUUUAUUUAACAGCAAAGACUGCUCUGUGAACUUUGUUACAUUACCCUCCCAUUUGUCAUUUUAACCAGAUUUUUAAAUGUUGUGCCACUAUCAUGAGCGUUGAGUGGGACCUGGGUGCGAGGGGCAUCUUUCAGCAGAAUCCUACAGAGUGCCCUUUGGGCAGCUGGCAAAGUAUUUCUCUUGCAUGUAUUUGAGUCAAGUAGAUUAGAAGAAGGAAGAGCCCUCGUUCCCUUUCCUUGUCACACCAGUAGCUUUCCGUAAAGUAGAAUUUAAGGUUGCAUUUCCAUCAUCGAGGCAAUGCACCCAAUUCACUAUGAAAUAUAUUCCCAUGUGUAAAUUUUAUCCCAGUCUCCAAGUAGGUAGAACACACUUGAGGUAGCACUAGAUUCCUUUGGCCAGAGUGGUCCUGAAGUGGGAACUACACCUCUGUCUCGUUUUGAAGUUUCUAAUCGUUCUUUGCUCAGUAUUUCUCCUCCUCGAUUGCAACAAGCUGCCGUUAAGAUAUCCCUCAUCAAACUUCAAGGCGGUCCUAUGCUGCUGGUAACGGAAUAUCCAGAGUCUGGCCCAGUCACCGGAAUCUUUCAUUCGACUGAAGUUUUACUCUCACAUGAACAGAUCUUCAAGUUCAGUUUCAUAUAAAGCUUUUUUUUUAAUUAUUGUUGUUGUUAUUACUGUUAUCAAAUUUUGUCUCCUGCAAGGAUGUGAUAAGUUGCCAAAUAACCUGAGAUUAUUUUAAAAUGUUCAUAUUCAUAAGUUUUAUAACAAAA